UGGACGCCACCGCACCGCACCGCAGCGUUGCGUUGUUUGUCUUGGUCAUCCCGCAUUCCCUAGCGGCGUCUCGGCGUUAUCCCCGUUAUCGGCGCGCAGGGAGCACGGGAGCAAGGAUUCCCAUCAGCCCGCGGCUCCGUCAAGCUCCGUUGCCCCGUUGAUCUCGCCUCCCGAUCAGAACUAACCCGGACUCUGAGUCAGCGCUGGGACCGUGAGUUCCGUCAGUCCUCACUGUGUUGCCCCCCGACGCGCUGCUUCCAGUGCCCGCGCUCGCUAACGUACGCUCGUCGCCGGCAAAUUUCGCCGUUUCAACCCCUCGGGCUCCAGUGCACCCCGACGUAUUUUGCCGUGCAUCCUUACGCUGUUUGGACUUCGUAGUGUUGGAACAUUCAUUUUGUUUUUUCGAAUUAGCUGUCGUUUUGCUGAGAUCUGUGCUUAUUGGACCGUUUGUUGAUAUCUGUACGCGCGCAACAAAGAGACCUUUUGUGCCGGCGUUCUCCUUUUGGUUCUGCUUAAGUUUUUGAUUGGAGGCAUUCGGACAUCGGACAAGGAGUGUGGUUUUCGGUGAAAGUUCUCAUCGUGUAAAUGACUAUCAGUUGUCGAUGAAGUACUUCACUGACAAUAAUUUCCUCGAAGGAUGUGCUUUUUUACUCGGCUUCGGUGGAGUUUUCGGCCGUACAGGCUUUUAAAAUCUCAACCACUCUUGAGAUAAUCCCGCGCGUUGUUAAGGAAGUCCGCCACUUUCUCUACGAGUGCGCUCGCUUCGCGUGAGAAUUUUAAAUCGUGUCUUUUGGAAUGAUUUUCGAGUGAAGUGUCGUCGCCUGAAACUGUUGCAAUGUCGAUCACACUAACGGAAACUAAAGUCAACGGCGAAACGCCGAAAGAGCCGAUGGAGUUCUUCCUGGGAAGCGCCAACAACAACAAGCCAAACUUCCCGAAAAGGCCCGAAAUCGACGUCUCGUUCAGGGAUGUCUCCUACUCCGUUGUCACCUCCUGGCAGUCUGCUUUAAAACCAGCCAAAAAAACUAUCCUCCACGGAAUUAGUGGUGAAUUCAGAGCUGGAGAGCUGACGGCUAUAAUGGGCCCUUCUGGCGCUGGCAAAAGCACUCUGCUCAAUGUUUUAGCCGGUUACAAGAUUAAAGGGAGUCAAGGCUCGGUGAUGUACAAUGGCAGACUCAGAACUCCUGAAAAUAUGGAGCAUUUCCUUCGUCUCUCAUGCUACAUCCAGCAGGAUGAUUAUCUACGGCCAAGGUUGACUGUUCAAGAAUCGAUGAUGAUUGCAGCUCACUUAAAACUAGGAAUUAACGUAUCAUAUGAACAGAAAAUGUAUCAGGUUAUUGAAUUACUAGAAAUAUUAGGUCUUACAAAUCAUGCUAAUACGAAGACAAAGUGUCUGUCAGGUGGUCAGAAAAAGCGGUUGUCAGUGGCGCUCGAGUUAAUAACAAAUCCACCAAUUAUUUUCUUGGAUGAGCCUACAUCGGGUCUAGACAGCACAUCAUGUCUUCAGUGUGUUCGACUACUGAAAGAGUUGUCGAGGCAAGGGCGCACAAUUAUUUGCACCAUUCAUCAGCCAACAGCUCUUCUUUUUGAGAAAUUUGAUCAUUUGUAUGGUGUUGCCAAUGGAGAAUGUAUAUACCAAGGUAGCACGAAGGAUCUAGUCACUUACUUCUCUAAGCUUGAUCUACGUUGUCCUCCUUAUCACAACCCAGCUGAUUUCUUGAUUGAUGUUGGAAUGGGAGAAUAUGGAGCCGAUCAUAGAGCAUUGGUGCAAAGUGCCUCAUCUCAGUAUCGGUCAGAAAGAGCAGAUGAAAUAAUAACUUCUCAAGAUGACGAUCCAUCAACAAGUCAUACCAAAAAAAGGAAAGAAAAGGGUUUGCGAAUGACCGUUUUAAGGAAACAUCAGCAGAAGACAACAGAUGUCCUAGAAUUUUGUAAAAAACAGCCUAGUCCUCCACCUCUGUGGGCUCAAACCUAUCGACUAUUGUGCAGGAAUAUUAUAACCUUGAGGAGAAAUACUGUUCAAUUUGGUCUCCGAAUGUUAGCACAUUUAUUUAUUUCUUUUGUAUUUGGAUACCUGUACUAUGAUGCUGGGAGCAAGGCUGACUCAGUUCUAGGAAAUUAUGUUUUUCUGUACGGUACCACUCUGUUCCUUGUCUAUACUGGUCACAUGGCUGUACUUCUAUCAUUUCCUCUAGAGAUGGGAGUUUUGAAACACGAAUACAUUAAUAGGUGGUAUUCGCUAGGACCGUACAUGAUAGCUACAAUUUUGGUGGAAUUACCAUUUCAGGUGCUGUGCUGUCUCAUCUAUAAUGUGCCUGCGUAUUAUUGUACUGGACAGCCACUAGAACUUCAUAGGUUCAUUUCCUUUGUUGUUUACUCUACUGUUACAUCUCUUACUGCCCAGAGUGUUGGGUUUCUGUAUGGCGCAAUUCUACCUAUUACAAUUGCAGUAUUUUUGGGACCGGUGACAAUUGUCCUUAUGUCGGUGUUUGGUUUUGCCAUCCGUCUGAAGGAUAUCCCAUUCUACUUUGUGUGGAUGCACCACUUCAGUUUUGUUCGAGCGGGUUUCCAAAGCUUAGUUUUCUCGAUCUACGGCUAUGACAGGGAGCAGCUUCCUUGUGAAACAAAGUACUGCCAUUUUAAAUACCCUGUAAAAUUUCUCACAGAAAUGGAUUUUGCAGAAAUCGAUCCCAUCCCUCAACUUGUUUAUAUUUGUGUAUUUUGCUUCUGUGUUUACUUUUUAACAGCGUUUGUCAUUUGGCGGAGACUAAAUUGUCGAUGAUCUUUUUAAUGAAAGAAUGAAGCUAACUCCUGAAAUUAAGGUUACCAUCAGGUAGGAUUAUUUUUUCAGCAAGUCUAGAAAUGUCUGUUCAGUUUCAAAAAAAAACUGUGUUGAAAUAAUUUUCGAUAACUUUGUUGAGUAAGAGAAAAGUUGCUUUUAUAUCACAACUUCAUCACAUUUUACCUUUUUAACCGAAGUAAAGGAAAGCUUUGGAGGUUUCCUGCCAACUGUUCUUGCUUUUUUCAUUUUCAUUAUCAAAAUACUACUGCUCAAUCAAGCCUCAUUUAGUGCAAAGGUGUAACUUACCGAAAAAGUGAUUUUAUUGAUUAUUAAAAGUUGAAUGUUGUGAUCAAUAUUCUUUGUACAGUUAUUUCUGGUUGAGCUCCGUAUCUGUCAAUAAUUUGUUGACAUUAUCUCUCAAGCACCUAAAAUUUGGUUUCAUUGCGGGAAGAGUUAGCUUGCAAUUUUAUUUUUGCAGAAUACAUCAUAAUUGUUGCCUAAUUAAUAAUCAGAAUUGAAAAUAAUCUUUAAUAUCAUCCAAAGACAAUAAAAAACUUCCUUUGCCUGUUGGUCUCACUUGCCUGAAAUCGAAUUCUUCAGAUCUGAAAGUUUUAAAAAAUUAACUACAAUGGAAGUAUCGGUCAUCAUUUUAUUCCAUUGCUUUCUUCUCUCUCUUUUACUGCUUUUAAAAUUGUUAAAUUAAGCUCUCUAUUGAAAUAUUUUCAUCACCAAUUUUUACUCAGUAAUUGUUAUUUAGAUAUGAUGAGAUGUUUGAUUGAAUACUUAGAAGGGAGGAAAUGAAUCAGUAUGUUUGUGCAGAGAAAUGUAUUUAUGUUGCCUCAAUUUCAAAGGUACAUGAAAAAAAAGAAAAAAUAAUUUUUUUUCUAUAGAAAUCUCUCAUCAGCAGUAUGUAAUAAAAAAUACCCUAUCCAUCUAAAACACCAUGUACCUUGAUUCCUUUUCUCUGCUUUCAAUUUUCAUUCAGAUUCCAGAUUUUGUUGUUUGAUACAUGAAUUUUUUGUAAAUGUACACUGAUCCUUGGAUUUUUUCUUGCAGAUGUCUCCUCUGAAUUUUCUGAGGAUCAGUCAAUGAAUUCAUGUAAUUCUCUCAAAACAUAAUUCCUUCGAAAGAUUUUGAGAAUAUUUCAAGCAUCCAAAAUAUUUUCGGUAAAUCAAUUAAAAUAUGCGUAAAAUAUUUAAAAUUGAAUGAAUCAUGAAAGUAGUAUAAUUUUGAUUGUGAUACUUUAUUUGCAAUGUUUAUUUUGUCAUAUUCAGACUGUGGAAUGUGUAUUUUCAUUUCAUUCUCUGUUGAGGUCAUAUGGAAAUAGCUCAUAGGUAUGACCAAGAUCUCGAGUCAUCUCAAAGUUUUCUCACACACUGUAUGAUACCAUUUCAUAUUUACCUGUUCUAUUUUUACAUAGUAAUCUGAAUUUAAGUUGAACCGGUUUUCUUUGUUUUGUUUUUAUUAGUUUUAUUUUUCUAUGCAGAGGAUGACCUCAUCCCCUCUCUUAAAUUUAGGCUGUAUCCAGUGUUAUGUUCCUUUUGUGUGGCACAAAAGCCUUUAAUACCUACGUGUAUUAUGUUGAUAGGAUGUUAAGUUAAUUUUUUUUGUCAUUACAUGAUGUAAGUACCUAUGAAAAUAAUUUUGUGAUACGAGAACAAAAUUUAUGUGUGUUAAAAUACAUGUCAUUUUUAUUAGAAUUCAAA